AACGAAUUUUGCUGUCAAUAAAUUAAUUAAAAUAAAAUACCAACAUGGCCCAAAAUGUAAAUCCAUUUCUUGAACAACAGGCAGAUGUUGUAAAACAAAAUGAUGAUUCAAGAAAAGCUUCUAAUGACAACCAUGCUGUAACCAAAAGGUUACAUAAUGAGCUUAUGACUUUAAUGAUGAAUCCAGACAAGAGUAUAUCUGCAUUUCCUGAAGGUGAAAACUUUUUCAAAUGGAUAGGAACAAUAACAGGUCCAAAAGAUUCUGUAUAUGAAGCCUUAAAAUUCAAGUUAAGCCUACAGUUUCCCCAUUCUUAUCCAUACACAGCACCUACAGUAAAAUUCAUCACACCUUGUUUUCAUCCUAAUGUAGAUACUAGUGGUAAUAUCUGUUUAGACAUAUUAAAAGAUAAAUGGUCUGCACUAUAUGAUGUCAGAACUAUUUUAUUGUCUAUUCAAGUAUUGCUUGCUGAACCUAAUAUUGACAGUCCCCUUAAUGCUGUAGCAGCCACCAAAUGGCAAAAUAAAGAUGAAUAUAAAAAACAUGUUAUAGAAACAUAUAAUGAAGCAUGAGGUUUAGUUGAUUAUUUUUAGAUUAGACAAUUUUAAUUGUAAUUGUAAAUUAUUAGUUAGGAAUUUAAUGACUAGAAUUUUCAUCACUCAGAAAUAUUUUUUUAGUAAAUUAUUUUGUGUAAAUGUGUAGAAUCUAUUGAUCAUUAUUUCAUUUUAUUAUCAUUUCUUAAAUUUAUAUAUUGAUUUAUUGAAAAAUAUAAACAUUUUACU